GUAAACAACAUUCAUAGCAUUUGAUAUUUGUCCAUAAUUUUGAUAUUCAAUACUUGUUGAUUCUUCCUUUAUGGGUUACUUGUUACAAAUCAAACUGACGUCAAGGCCCUACCAAAAUUUAACAAACUAAGACAAUAGACAGACAAUAAGAUUAGAUCCUAGAGUCUCAAAGUCCAUUUCUACGUACAUCCCAUACACUUGCGCCUAUCAUUAAAAUGCCUCCCAUGGCAAGUCAAAAAGGAACGGGAAAAAAGGGUCGGGAUCCCCGCCAAUCUCGAAGUCGAAACACAACACCAAGUCUAGUAGGUACCGCGACCUCAGUCGCGCCUUCUGAUGCCGGAAAAACCCCCUACACACAAAUUCCAAUUAGUAUUCUUAGGACUUCCGUAGCAGAUGAAAUUGUCGACCAACAUGCUUCAGCAAUUCCCAACUCAAGAGAGCUCGAGGCGCUUAUGCAACGUAUGGAAAGACUAGCUGCAAGCAUAGAUGAACGUGCUGCGGUAUGCGACAAGGGGAUGCGAGUUCUGGCACAAUCAAGAAAGGAUAGGAACGAGGAACUGGAAAUCGAAAAGCGAGAUGAAGAAUUGAAAGAAAGAAUGAGGAGAGACCAGGCGGAUGAAGAUGAGCGUGGGAGACAUAAGGCUCACAAAAUCAAAAAGAGAAAGGAUGUCAGUAGUGCUAGAGAAGAGCGGCCAUUGACACAUGGUGCCCAUGGUUUGGCACCACAAGAUGGGUCCAAUAUUGAAGUCGCCGUUCCAAGCCGUGACUAUACACAUAAACAUCACAGAAAAGUAUCAAAAGAACGAGACAAUGAUUCAAUAAGCUCGUCGCUUUCACCACCUGCUCCUGCAACACCAACCGCAGGUAUGAACACGGAUACGAAACCAAAUGGCACUGCCGAAGACGAGUCCAGCUCCGAUGAACAUCAACCUCCUCCAGCACCCAAAAUCGCCAAUUACCAGACAUUUGGAGCAGAUCCAUCUACCUUUCCCGAUCCAACGGUCUACGAAAUUACAAAAAUAAAACCUGGAGACCCCAGGAUGAGUGAAGAAGAAAAGAAGAAGGUUUAUUCUGUAGCAGCCUAUCCGAGGAAUGAUCUUCAUGAUCUCAUCCCUGGAACACCACCCGACAAAGAUUUCAGCAACUCGAAACCCACAAACCAAGUACAAGCUAAUACUUUUGCGACAUAUCUGGAGCCAUACUUUCGACCAUUCACAGAAGAAGAUCUCGCCUUUCUACGUGAGCGUGGUGAUCGUGUGAAUCCGUUCAUGAUUCCUAGACGUGGAAAGAAGCACUAUACCGAAGUCUGGGCUGAGGAAGAUGGCGCCAUGUCAAUUGACACACCAAAUCAAGGGCGAGAUAAAUUACCUCCAAAUCAAGCCCGUGGAAGUAUUGAUGAAAUUGAUGAUGCAAUAGCGGAGACGGAUCAAAUUUCUGCUGGCCCAAUGUUAUCGAGAUUAUUGGCAACUUUGAGACCGGAAAAUAGAGCGGCUCCUUCCGAAGACAAACCUAUGACGAACGGUGUGAGCAAUGGCGAAGGGAGUUUCAAUGGUGAAAUGAAUGGUGAAAUGGGGGAACCAAGCCAGCAUAGCGACACAUCUCCAUUACCCCCUGCAACUUUUAUGGCCGAAUCAGCAUCAGAAUCGUGGAAGAAAGCAACCCACCCAAAGCUUGAUCAUGCGCAAAUAGAUGAAAGGAUUAAACAAGAGCUUCGACAUAUUGGAUUCCUACCCCCUGAUGCCGAGCCCGAUUACGACGCUCAUUACGAUGACGAAAUAGCCGCACGACUUCGUUUCCUUCAAGCCAAACUCAAAGAACAAUCGAUUAUUAACGGCGCACGUAAGGCUCGACUACAGGAAAUCACGAAGGAGCGCAUGGCUCAUCAAGAAUACCAAACUAUCCUUGAAGAUCUUGACGGUCAAGUAAACGCAGCCUAUACCAAACGAUCCCGCACAAUCGGGAAGACCAAAAAGAAUAAGAAAGCUGGCGGUGCUGGCGGUGGUAAUCAAGCUGUCAAUGGCGCUGCUGGUACAGCAAGACCGGGUCUUGGUGAUAUGACCAAAUCAUUGAUGGAAAAACGUCAAAAAUGGAUCAAAAACAUUGGGGCAGUUUUUGAUGAUGAACGGAACUUGGGCAAAGUGCCUCGUGCAAAGGAUGAGGGUAGCUCAAUCUUCAAGCCUGAAAUUAUGAGCGAAUUCAUUCGGAGAGAAAAGGAUGGGUGGGAUGAUGAUGGAGAAGAAGAAUAGUCUUUUAAUUUACAGUUACCCUUAACAAUGGACCGUAUUGAUGAAGGGAACUGAGGGAUUUUCAGCUACAUGGUUAGCUUGGUAUACAGCUAUGGAGUUCACGGACAGCG